AUGACUCACAUUCGGAUGGGCGAGCAGGAGUCGGCGACGGACUACUGCAACCGUGCUCGACGGAUCCUGGCUGAGAUGCGGAUGGCGGGCGCCGAGUACUCGACGGCGUCCUACAUCACUCACCUCGUCAAGGGCCUGCCGCGCAGCUACAACCUCAUGAAGAGGAUGAUGAUGGUGCCCGGCACGCGCAAACUACGCAGCCCGACGAAGCUGAAUCAGCAGCAAGGGCAGCGCGGGAAGCCGGGCGGAGGUGGUAGCGGAGGUGGGCGGUCGACGAAGGACGUCGACGAGAAGAAGUCUACGCGGGGCAAGGGUCGUGGAGGUGGUGGUCGACGGCGUGAGUGGGUCUGCGGCGACCCCGACCAUCUCUCUUUCGAGUGCCCCGACCGCGAUGACAGCGACGAGGACGACAGCAAGGGAGGCCGCGGUCGAUCGGCCAGCCGUCGCCCACGUCGAGAUGAGAAGCCGCGCAAGGAGAAGAAGACGUCGAAGAAGGCGUCGUCGACGAAGGAAGUCGACAGCUCCAGCGGCAAGGACCGAGGCGACGGGGAGGCGUCGUGCUCGAUGGUCGGCGUGGUGGAGCCGACGGUCUCGCUGGCGCCGGAGGCUGGCGAGGACUUCCAGGGAGGUGGCGGCAGCCGUGCAGGCCAACCCGAUGGCGGUGCUGCUCGACAGCGGCCUGUCGAGGGUCGCGGAACCGUCGCUCUACAAGGGGAGGCCGGAAAGCGGGUCCUCAUCCCCGACGUGCUCUACGUUCCGGGGGUACAUGCGAAUCUGCUGUCCUCUAACCAACUAAAGGAGAGCGGAGUGCAGCUGCAGGGCGACGGCGACGAGAUGCUGCUCGUCGCCGCAACCGGGGAGGUGCUCGGUCGAGCACGCUACACCAGACGAAUCGUCUGCACCGACAUUCGCCCCUGCUCGACGCAGUUGUCGUCGACCGAGGUGGUGGCUCUGCGGACAUUUGCCUCGGCGACGAAGACGACCCCCGCAAGGAUGCACGCGCGACUCGAACACGUCGGCAUCGACACGAUCAAGAGCUCGGCGAAGCAUGAAGUUGCUACUGGGCUCGACAACACACCGUCGACCGGAGCAGACCCGCCAUGUGUCUCGUGCGUCGGAGGAAAGAAGGCACGGCACACCUUCCCCGACAAGGGCUCGGACGCCAAGGAGGCACUGGCUGUCGUGCACAUUGACUUGUGCGGGCCAUUUCGGGUGGCUGCCAAGGAUGGCAGCUUGUACUUCCUGCUGCUGAAGGAUCGCCACACUCGUUUCGUGUGGACAAUGCCGGUCGCUAAGAAGAGCGACGUGCUGCCUGAGUUCCAGAAGUGGCUGGUGCUGGUGGAACGACAGACAAAGAUGUCGGUGCUGUCGCUCCGCUCCGACCGGGGAGGGGAGUUCCUCGGCAACGAUUUCACCACCUUCGUCGACGGGAAGGGCAUCGUCCACGACCUGACCUGCCCCUACACUCCGCAGCAGAGAGGCAUGGCUGAGAGGGAUAUGCGCACUCUCGUCGAGUCGGUGCGGACGAUGCUACUGCACAUGGGCGUGCAGCACCACUGGUGGCACCUCGCUCUUCGACAGGCCGUCUGGGUGCGCAACUGCUUGGAGCGGUCGACGACGCCGCCGGGGACGACUCCGUACCAGCUGCUGACCGGAAAGAAGCCCGACCUCACUCUGGCGCGGGUGUGGGUCUGCACGGUGCAGUUCAUGGUUCCCGAGCAGCAGCGCGGUGGGAAGCUGGCACCGAAGGCUCGCUGGGGGCUUCACCUGGGUGUGUCGCCAGAGAGCAAGGGCUGGGAGGUGCUCGACCUGACCGACAACAAGGUGGUCACGUCGGUCGAGGUGAUCUUCUACGAGACGCUGUCGGUGGAAGUGUGGACGGCGAAGUAUGGGCCAGCGUUGGGGCGGAUGCAGGCGCACCAGCCGACGGACACCUCGACACCCACGGUUCCUCCACCUCCCCCUGUUCUUGCUCCUCCCUCCCCCGUCGCAGAUCGGUCUGCCUCGACACCUGUGUCGGCCACCGGCGAUGAGGGGAGCCUUGAGGCGUCGCCUGUGGCGCCGGCCAGUGGCAUCGCCGACGGUCAACAAGGCGCCAAGCUAGUCGACCAGGGCCGGGAUUCGACGACAGGGGAGCAGCAGACAGGGGAGCCGGUCGAACAGGAGGUAGCAUCGAGGGGGCAGUCGACAGGGGAGCUAUCGAAGGCAGCAGCUGACGAGCAGUCGGUCAAAGAGUCGAAGCAGCUGGUCGACGACGAAGAGGAGCUGUGGGCGGGAGAGGAAUCCACCGACAGUGAUGUGGUGGAGGUUCCGGUCGAGAAGUCUGCGCCGGAGCUGCGACGCACUGGUCGAGCUCGACGGCAGCUUGAGCGGCUGAGCUUCCACGCAUGCUUUCCAUCAGCUGCCUUCACCACGGUGUACGACGAGGUCGACGACGACCUGCUGUACGAUGACGCCGAGGAGGAUGAAGAUUUUCCGGAGCUCGACCCCGACGUGCAUGCAGAUUCUGAACACCGCUGGGACAUCGCGACGAUGACGGUGAAGGAGGCACUGGCGAGCUGGAAGGGCGAGGCGGUGAAGGCCGCCAUGGAAGAAGAGAUCCGCAGCCUCAUCGGCAUGGGCACUUGGGAGCUGGUCGAACGCCCACGCGGAGUGAACAUCAUAAUGAAUCGGUGGGUGCUGACGACCAAGUACCGCAUCGAUGACACCGUCGAACGCGAGAAGGCGAGGCUGGUCGUGAAGGGCUUCACGCAGGUGCACGGCACCGACUACGACAAGACGUACUCGCCGGUGAGCAGCUACGUCACGCUGAGGAUCUUCCUCAGCAUCGUCGCCGUCCUCGACCUCAACCUGAUGCAGCUCGACAUGAAGAACGCUUUCCUGCAGAGCAAGCUCGACAGGGUGCUCUACAUGUACCAGCCGGACUACUUCGACGAUGGGACCGGCCGGGUGUGUAAGCUGCUGAAGAGCCUCUACGCGUUGAAGCAGUCGUCGCUACUGUGGUAUAGGGCUCUUAACGGAGUGCUGCUGGGAGCUGGCUGGAAGAAGAGCCAGGUCGACGAGGCGCUCUACUUCAAGACCGGCAGUCGACGACGACCUGCUCGCCGCCAGCAGCAGCACCACGAUGCUGAAGGAGCUGAAGGAGCUGCUGGAGUCCGCCUUCGAGCUGCGGGAGAUCUCGCCAGUGCAGAAUCAAAUACCUCGGGCUGGAGAUCGUGCGCGAUAGGUUGA